GCCUGCCAGGAAGUGCAUCUUGUGCCUAGCCGGAAUAUGAGGAGAAGAAGCUGUUUUAAACCGAACUACGUGGACAACAAACUAAAAUUGUGACGAAACAACAUUGUGAGAUGGACAGUUAUCCAAGAGGACGUCCAUGGGGAAAACUAGUCAAAGUGGACUCCAGUGAAACUGUCCUGCUUUUUAACAGAGAAUGCACAGUUGGCAGAAAAAAAGGAUGUUAUCUAUCAUUCCCAGCCAACAAACUGGUCUCAGGGGAGCACUGCAAGAUAGUGCAAGAUGAAAGCUCAGGGCUGGUGUGGCUCGAAGACAUGAGCACUAAUGGCACAGUGAUCAACAUGUCCAAACUGGUCAAGAAGCAAACUCACAUGCUGCAGAACGGCGAUGUCAUCUAUUUUGUGUACAGGAAAAGUGAGCCAGAACAAAAUAUUGCCUAUGUGUACCACUCAAUCAAAACGGAGCAAGCUGUUGCACAGCAGAGUUGUGACACAGGGAGGUCAGCCGACAGUCCUGCUCCUGUUCUUCCGUCUGAGAUGUCGCUCUCUGUGGAACCUGUAAUGCUCACUAAGGCUCCUCAUGAUCCAACUCAGGAGGAACCUCAGCCCUCCACCUCCACAUCGCACUUCUGUAUUGGGAGCCCUGCCACUUCUGGUCCUGUUGCAACCACAGACAGGCCCUCUUCCGGCCAAGCUAAACAUGCUGCCCCCGCGCAGGAGGAAGACGUGGACAGCAUGGAGCCAGAGAGCAAGAGGAGGAGAACUCAUGACGAUAAAGAGUAUGAUUUGGACUUGCCACACACCUCAAGAGCAGAAGUGGUCGGCUCAGCUAAAGGAAGUGCUCUACCUAAACCAGCAGUGGAAGGGACUAAGACGGACAAGAUGGAGGAGAGCUUGACAUGUGUCAUCUGUCAGGACUUACUGCACGACUGUGUCAGCUUGCAGCCUUGCAUGCAUGUCUUCUGUGCUGCCUGCUACUCUGGCUGGAUGGAGCGUUCUUCUCUCUGUCCCGCCUGCCGCUGCCCGGUGGAGAGGAUUCGUAAGAACCACAUCCUCAACAACCUGGUGGAGGCCUAUCUCAUCCAGCACCCAGAGAAGUGUCGCAGUGAGGAGGACCUGAAGAGCAUGGACAGCCGUAACAAGAUAACUCAGGACAUGUUGCAGCCAAAAGUUGAGAACUCUUUCUCAGAUGAAGAAGGCAGUUCAGACUACCUCUUUGAGCUCUCUGACAGUGACGGUGACUCCUCAGACAUUAGUCAGCCUUUAAUGAUGUGCAGGCAGUGUCCUGCCUAUGGAUGGGAUGUCGGUCAGGUGCUGUUUGCUACAGGUUCAAAUGACUGGCUCCCCGGUCUGCCAGCUCCACCAACAAUGCCUCCUCCAGCCAAAUCAGCAACUGAGGAGGGGUCUGCAAAGCCCACAGGGGAGCAGCCUUCAACAUCCUCUGACAUCCCCUCAGCUCCGGUCCUGUCUGCGGCUCCUCAGGGGCCCCGCUGCCCCCCUCAGCACAGCCAUCUCAUCUGCACCUGCUGCCUCCAGCCAAUGCCAGACAGACGGGCCGAGCGAACCAGCGAGCAGAUCGCUGCUCAACAAUGUGUGCUGUGCCAGCGACCAUUCUGUCAUAUGUACUGGGGUUGCCAGAGGAUUGGCUGUCAGGGUUGUCUGGCUCGAUUCAGCGAGCUCAAUCUGACAGACAAAUGCAUGGACGGUGUGCUGAGCAACAACAACUAUGAAUCAGAGAUCCUCCAGAACUACCUGUCCUCCAGAGGGAAGUCAUGGAGAGACCUUCUCAAGGAGUCUUUGCAGGCCUUACAGCAGGGACACUACUGUCUGACAGAUCGUCGAAUCUCUGCCAAUACCAUCCUGUGCUUCUGCUGCGGCCUGCGAGCAUUCAAGGAGCUGGCCUACAAAUACAGACAGAACAUCCCUCCAUCUGAACUACCAACUGCUGUAACAUCUCGUCCCGACUGUUACUGGGGACGCAACUGUCGCACGCAGGUGAAGGCACAUCAUGCAAUGAAAUUCAACCACAUAUGUGAGCAGACACGUUUCAAGAGUUGAAGCAGCAAAGCCGUUUGUUUCUCCACCUAAGUGUCACAUGUCGAUACCUGAGCAUCUGGUAGACACAAUCUUGUUAAGUUUUCUCUUUGUCCAUUGUAGCUGACUGCCUUCCAGAUGUAAUGCAAUAGUCUAAUGCAGAAAUUACAAUCAGAAUCCAUUUACAAUAGUGACCAGUGUCUCGUUGACACAGGGCUGUGUGAAAUGAUGCUAUGCACAAUAACAUUAAAGGUCGAUGUUUACUGAAGGUUCAAGCUGCUUUUAGAGUGAGAGCCUGUGAGGGCACUUAAUACCAGCCAGCCACAAUUUAAAUUAAUAUCAGUUUUACUUAUGGCUCAUGCAUUUGUUGAGUCUGCCAAGUAACCAAACACCAACUGUUAGUCACAUAGUUGCUGUUUGUUAAAAAUAACACCCGAUAUGUCUUCCAGAAGUAACAAAAAUGUUAGUUUUCCCAGAUUAAGAGCGAGUGAGGCAAUCUGUCUGGUUUAAGGCCAUCUAUGUACGCUUGCACAUGUUUGUGAGCAUGUCUCAUGUUUUUUGGCUUCAAAACACCAGAUGUAAAUUUCCUUUAUCUAACUGAGAUAAAUUAUAACAGUUUUGUGACAUGCUGAGUUAAGAAUCUAGAGCUUCCUACAUAAUGCUGAUGAAAUAUUACAGAAACUCCAAGACACAAGCUGUUUUCUAAGAUGCAACUUUUGAACUAUGUCAUAAAGUGUAAAUGU